UUCGAUUCGAUUCGAUUCGAUUCGAUUCGAUUCGAUUCGAUUCGAUUCGAUUCUCACAAAAAACUCAACAAGCUAAAACAAAAGUUACACAACCUAAACAGACAAAACCAGCAGCCACCUUGAUGCUCACAGCCACAGCCACCACCCCCAUUUCUGCCAGCAGCAACAGCAACCCAGAGACUUCUGAUAGUGAAGUUAUCACCUUGAAGAAAGCAAUUCUGGACCUAGACAACAUGGUUGCUCCACUUCGUACCAAAACUCAAAAGAAACUUGACAAGAUUGAGGAGGAGAUUACCAACUGCAACUUCUUGAUUGAUUCCGGUCUUGGCUCUAAGAAGGAUCAAGCAGAGCUCAAGAAGACGAAGCGCCAACUACGAAAUCGCCGUGUCAAGCUCUGGGAUGAGCUGAAGGCCCUCCCUGACUUGGAGGGGGAGCGUAAGGAGUUGCAGAUUCAGCUCAAGGAUCUUCGUCGCCGCUAUGGAAUUCUAGAUGAGGAAAUGUGACACGAGGCCCCCCGUUGGAACCCUAUCAUAGACCUUAAACGUAUAAUCCUAGCUAGAAUAUUGCAAUCUGCAUUCACUGAAAACUUAGCUGCCG